AUGCAUCUCCAAAACCUCCUAUCCCUCGCCUUCAUCACCGGCGUCCUCUCAGCCUGCAAAGAGCCUCGCCAGGUGAUCGUGACCGUCACAGCAGACGCAGCAUCCCCCUCGCCCAAGCCCCUCUCAGCUCCGUCUCCGGUUCCCCUAUCAGCCCCCCCAGUGCCGUGGGAGCAGUCCUCCGCAGCAGGCGCAACAGCUUCGAUCCCAACCGCCGUUCCCGUCCCAGCAUCCGGCGCCCUCUCUCUCCCGCCACAGGCAUCCUCUCUUCCAAAGACGGCGUCGCCAACACCCGCUUCAGGCGGCCCGUCCAGCGGAGCCAAGUGUGGCAAGGGGUUCACGUACUGCGGGUACAUGUUGACAGGAGUCGGACACAAUUUCUCCCCCUCGGACAUCGACAAGUCGUACUGCGCCGGGCUCCCCGAGCUCUGCGCGGGCGGCGGCAACAAGCGCAAGACGAAGCCCGACCAGGCCGUCUUCGUCUGCAUGGAGGACCAGCCGUCCACCGUGCAGCUCAUGUGCGCCUGCAGCGGCACUUGUCUGAACAAUGCCACGACCAACUACAUUGCGCACUGCGACAAGCCUUGCGUCAACGCCUAA